UGUAAUUAUAUUCAAAUGGGACCCUGGUAUCGCAAAGUCAAAAAAAUCCCAGUCUAUCUUCGUAAGAAACGUUAAAAAAGCCCCUUCACUGCGUCGAAAAUGUUCAAACGUUAAACUGCGACUCCGUCAAUACCGACGGAGCAAAUUUGUCGAAGACAACAAGAUGAGCGGUAAACAGCCCAUGAGAGACUUGGACGAGAUGCCGGAGGCCCCACUCCACCGUGGGAUCCACCACCGUAGGGCUCACUCCGACACCUCGUUUCGCUUCGACGACCUUCUCCUCUUCGACCCUUCCGACCUCGACCUGUCAUCGCUCGACCUCCUCCCUUCGCCCAAUCCUAAUCCACCACGUGUCCAAACCAUGUCCGUUGAUUCUUCCGACGACUCCCCGCCAAACGGUCACCAAAACAACAGUAACAGUCAAAACCCUCCGAAGCCGAAGUCUAUCAAUCACUUCCGGAGUCUCUCCGUUGACUCUGAUUUCUUCGACAGCCUGAGUUUGACCGCAGCUGCAGGGGCCAGUGGCGGGAAGAGUGCAGCGGUUGCGGAAGUAGGAGGAGGAGGAGAGAAGAGGAGCUACCACAGACACAGUAAUUCGAUGGAUGGGAGCAUUGCGACGUCGUUUGAGAUUGAGUCUGUUAUUGGAGAUGGUGUUAAGAAGGCUAUGGAUCGUGAUCGCCUCGCUGAAUUGGCUCUUAUUGAUCCCAAAAGAGCUAAAAGGAUUCUAGCUAAUAGGCAAUCUGCAGCACGUUCUAAGGAGAGGAAGGUAAGGUAUACUAAUGAGCUAGAGAGGAAAGUGCAGACACUUCAAACUGAAGCAACCACACUGUCGGCACAGGUUACUAUGUUGCAGAGAGACACAACUGGGUUAACAGCUGAGAAUAAGGAACUUAAACUGCGAUUACAAGCUAUGGAACAGCAAGCACAGCUUAGAGAUGCGCUGAACGAAGCAUUAAGGGAAGAAGUACAGCGCCUUAAGAUAGCCACAGGCCAGAUUCCAGCAGUAAAUGGCAGUCCUUUUGGCAGAGCACUACCUCAAUUUUCCGCCCACCAGCCAGCCUUACAUCACUUUGGUGGGCACCAGACUCCUCAGCAGCAGCAGCAGAUGCCACCAUCAUCCGCCAACAAUCAGUCGCAGAGUGGGCAGUCACACCCAAGCUUCAUGGACUUUAACAAGAGGGUCUAAGCUUCAUUUACGACACUAAAUUAAUGAUGCUAUCUAAUCCAUUUUAAUUAGAAGAAAAUGAGUUUGUUUCUUUUUUGUACAUAGAAAUGUGUAUAUGUGUUGCAGGAUGUGAAUGGUGUUACUCAUAUCAAACUCUUGUACACAUGGCUAUGUUACUAAUAGUGUAGAAAAUUACUAAGAUCAUGGUGUAGAAAAAAUUAGGAGGUAGUGAUAAUUGAUGGUUGGAUGGUUUUGGCUCUCAGUUGUAGCUUAUUAUACUGAAUAAUUGCUUAUGAAGUUGGCUUUAUGUAA